GGCGACACCGAGCGCAAGUACCACCUGCGCUACUACAAGACGGGCACGUGCAUCCACGAGACCGACGCCCGGGGCCACUGCGUGAAGAACGGGCCGCACUGCGCCUUCGCCCACGGCCCCCUGGACCUGCGGCCCCCGGUGUGUGACAUCCGACACCAACUUCGUGCUGGGCAGCUACAAGACCGAGCAGUGCCCGAAGCCGCCACGCCUCUGCCGCCAGGGCUAUGCGUGUCCCCACUACCACAACAGCAGGGACAGGCGGCGGAACCCCCGGAGGUUCCAGUACCGGCAAAGUGGAGGGACUCACCUGCUGACGGCAGCCAGAAAGCCAGUGAGCACGACAGUAAGCAGAACCACCUGGCGGUGUUUACAGUGGUUCACCCGCUUGCUCCCAGCGUGAGCUCCAGCGUGGCGUCCAGCCUGGCGUCCAGUGCUGGUUCCAGCGGCUCCUCCCCCACUGCUCUGCCCAUUCUCUCAGCCCGUGCCCACCCACUGGACCCCACUGGCAGUGCCCUCGAGUCCAUCCCAGGUUCUGCCUUAGAUCUCCAUCUUAGUGAUGUAAGCCUCGCUCCCCUGGAUAAGGAGCUGGACGAGCAGGACGGAAGUGACCUGGGACCCACAGGUCAGAGGUCGCUGGGGGGCUCAGAGCCCGUCACCAUUCCUGGCUGCCUGGCCCGCUCCCCAUCCCUGCAAUCCUCGUCAUCCCUGUCCACCUCCCCGCUCAGCUCGCUCUCCCAGUCCUUGUCGGGGCCUCUUGUCUCCUCGGCCAUGACGCCCCCCCAGCAGCCGCCACCCCUCAAGUCGGAGCCCAGGGUGCUGGGCUCCUCGGCCUCGUCCUACAACUCCCUAGGUUUGAAUGGCGUCCCUGGGAGCAUCUGGGAUUUUGUUUCCGGCAGCUUCUCUCCCAGCCCGUCCCCCAUUCUGAAUGCCGGCCCCACAUCCACUGCAAGUGCAAGUCCAAAUGGCGCCGAACUGGCACGGGUCAGGCGGCAGCUGGACGAGGCCAAGAGGAAGAUCAGGCAGUGGGAGGAGUCCUGGCAGCAAGUGAAGCAGGCCUGUGACGCAUGGCAGCGGGAGGCCAAGGAGGCGAAGGAGCGUGCGCUGGCAGCGGACAGUGCCCGGCAGCUGGCACUGCAGAAGAAGGAGGAGGUGGAGGCCCAGUUCAGGCAGCUGCAGGAGGAGCUGGAAGGCCGGGGCAUGUCCACACUCCCGGGGCUGCGGGGCUGCAGCGACAUCGGUGCCAUCUCGCUGCCCAAGCUACAGUCGCUGCAGAGUCAGCUACGCCUGGAUCUGGAGGCGGUGGAUGGGGUGAUCUUCCAGCUCAGAGCGAAGCAGUGUGUGGUGUGCGGAGAGCCGGCCCGCGGCGCUGUCCUGCAGCCCUGCCAGCACCGUGUGCUCUGCGAGCCCUGUGUGGCCAGUGCGCCCGAGUGCCCCUACUGCGAGGGCCAGCCCCUCCAGUGGUGACAGCAGCCAUGGUGGCCUCACUUCCUGGUGCCACCGACGUCGGGACCCCAGCCCAGCUGCAUCGUUUCAUGGUAUUCUCGUAGACCUUAAAGGCAAACCCACCGCACCCACCUGCAGCCCAGGUUUCAGGUGGGCACAGUAAUGACAUGGGGUUUGCGGUCCUGACACUACUGUGACCACAUCCUGGGAGUUCACGUCCCGGCCAAGCACUUUGUAAGCAGAGGAAUUUACGUGGACGGUCUCAGCUGCUAUAAGCUGCUUUCUAGGUUCAUGUCUUUUUAAUAUGCCAUAUGAAGCUUUGUAUGUGUACUGUGAACUUAAAGUAUUUCCUAUCAGUUUAUUGUAAUUCAUAGUAUGGUAAAUAUAUUAGAUUUCAUAUUCUGAAAUUAGUACUUAUGAAAUGAGCAUUUAUCUAGUAGUGAGAAAUGCCUAGGAUUUUUAUAGGUUUUAAAUUAAGUGCAAAUAGUAUUUAUAGCAGAGUGAUUAUUGAAAGACAUACAUUUAGAUGUUUUUAAUUUUAUGAAAGGAACUGUUCCUAACCAUGUGCUCGUGCACACUAAUUGGAGUUUUAUUUCCCAACACCGUGCAAAGUGAGGGAGCUCAAUUACGCAUCUACGACCCGUGGCCACUUUUUCUAAGUGCCUGUGCCUUGCAAAAAGAGAAUGGUUCACUUGGUUUUAUUUUCUCCCUUGAAACUUUGUAAGACAAUUUGAUACUAGUGAAAAGUGCAACCAAGGGGUACAUCUGUUUUACAAGCCGCUUUGCAUAGCUUCCUGGAGCUGGCCCCUGGGCACUCCCCACACCUGGGACCACCUGGACUCCUGCCAGAGUGGGCAGGCUCGCCGUCUUCACAUUAGACUUCAGGCGACACUUUGGACACUGUUGUCUGAACUGUACGUCUAGGUAUUGUCAGUCAUCCGUGAAGACCUGGCGCUGUGCCAGGACAGGGGCUGCCCUGAGGACCUGGCUCUAAUGCUGGUCCCCGGGCCCCCACGUAGCAGCCUGGCUUCAGGUCCAUGGAGGAAACGCCCGAGAACGGGUCUGAUUUAGUGAUGACCUGUCUUCUCUGGUCUACAAUGGGUCAUUUUUUUUUAGAAAUGUGGGAGGAAGUAAAAGAUGUCUGUAGUUUACCCCAACUUUGCUCAGUGAGGCCAAUCUCGAUUGCUGUGAGGAAAUCUUCGCAGAACCUGCCCUUUGGGAGGUGGGAGCAGGUACUGGCCCCUCCAGCCUGGAAGUGAACACUUGUGUUUCUACUUGCCUGGGGCUUUGCCAAAGAAUUUUAAUAGCAUUUUUAAAGUGCAAAGUGACUAGGUAAAAAUUUUUAUCAGUGACCAAAUUAGAAUGUAUUUACUAUAAUAAGUUUAAAACAUUUUUAACAUAAGAAAUUGAUAGUUAUCAUUUUAAAGGUGGAUCCAUGACAUUCCACAGCUAGUGUGCUACUAAAGGUUAACUAUUGACUUGGUUUUAAUAAAUCCUGUUUUUAAUUAUAGUGAUAAUGAUUUAUUAGGUCUUAGAAAUUACGUAUAUUUUGUGCUACUGUUAUCACUGUUUAAAAUUAUUUUUUAUUAAUAUUUAUGCACUUGUUUUCCAUGUUAGGCCUUCGGCCUUUUUGGGGAUAACAGGACCGUGUUUAUUACUGAUAUCUAGCCUAGACAUUUUACAAUUAUAAACAAUUAAGAACAA